UGUCUUUUGCAUUUUGCUUUCGUUUCAUCUUCAUCUUUGGCUAAAUGUGAAAUGUUGACAAUUUUUUAUCCGUCAUUGUCACCAGUCAACAACGAGUGCUAGAGUAAAUGAUUAAAACGAUAGGACAAACUGCAAAUAAAUCCACAUCACGGCACCGGCCAACCAAGCAGAAACUGCUUAGCAGUUAUAAAUAUUUAUAUUUUCUUCGUUAUUGAAAAUAACUUAUUUUUAAUUAGCCAAAAGUCAUUACAAAUAAUAAAAUAUGAGUGUAUACUCAACCAGCCCUCGUCGUGACUUGUCCGAUGAUGAUGAUGUUGACCGACGUUCCACUCAUUCUUCUGACGGUAGGAAUGACGACGACCCCGAGGAAGCCACCAGAGGACGACGGACACCGGACUCAGGAGAUGAGGAGGAUCGGAAAAAGAAGGAAGAGGAGAAAAAAAAGGCCAAGAAACCAAAGGGGCCCGUGAGGCGACAAAUGAUCAACGAGGACAUGUUGAUUGGGCCGAAAGGGUUAUCUAAUCUUAACGAGUCGUUAAAAGAUUUUGAAUUCGGAGAGAAAGGCGGAGAGAGGGACGACUUGGACCGGUUGUUAAAUAAAAUGGAACAAUGGGUUCAUACUCUCCAUCCAAAGCACCCUUUUGACCAAUGUUUGGAGCGAAUCGAGUUUCUGGGAAUAAAAAAGAAAGUGGUUAAAACGUAUGUAAAGAAGAUGCGCAUGGGACUUUUGCCAACAAUGUCAUCCGAAACUAUUGAUGACAUGGACCCCAUGUUUAACGAUGAUGACUUGUUUUUGCCAUUUGAGAAUGAGGGGAAUAACUCAGAACGCGGCCCAGCAGAGUCAGAAUUUCCUAAUCAAGAAGAAGAAGAAGAACUUGCCCGACAAAUCGCCUCAUUCGCCUCGCCCCCAAAUGAUGGUUUUCCUACCCUUGAAGAACAAAUGGAAUUGGAAGAACUCAUGUCUGCUGCUGGAAAUUGAUGUAAUUAUAAGUAAAAAAUUAUGCGACAAUAAUAAUUCUAUGUAUAUUUUAUUUGCAAGUAAGUGUAUAAUAAUAAUAACCAAGAGAAGAAAGAUUUAGGAAAUAACAA